UUUUAUCAGUCAAUUUUUGUAUUUCUCAGCAUUUACAAUUGCGCUUAGCAACCAACUGAGACAUCCUUACAGAGAGCGAGCCUUUACAAAACAGGAAUCAAGCAUAAUUUUAAUAAACAAAAUGAAAUACAUCGUCGCUGUUUUACUCGCCGCAUUGGUGGCUAUGGCCGCUGCCGAGGAGUACAAGAUACGCAAUCAGGAUGAUUUGUUGAAGGCGCGCAAAGAAUGCAUGGAAGCGAAGAAGGUGCCCACCGAACACAUUGAGAAGUUCAAGAAAUUCGAAUUUCCCGAUGAUGAGGUGACGCGCUGCUACAUUGAGUGCAUCUUCAACAAAUUCCAACUCUUCAGCCCCACCGAAGGUUUCAAAACACAAAAUCUGAUUGCACAACUCGGCCAAAAUAAGGAGAAUAAGGACGCUGUGAAGGCUGAUAUUGAGAAGUGCGCCGAUAAGAAUGAACAGAAAUCAGACUCAUGCACAUGGGCAUAUCGUGGAUUCAAGUGCUUCAUCAGUAAGAAUUUACCGCUGGUGCAGGAAAGCCUCAAGAAGAAUUAAAUGCAUUCACAGAUGACGAGAAGUGAGCGUGUAGCCGGUGCCGAGCAUGACAUGAACCACUAACAUCACCACCACCACCACAAUCACCGUUAGCAACAGCAUCAUAAACAAUAACAUAGAUAACAACUGCCCUAAGCUUGUGCAAUGCAAACCAUAGUAGUGAGCAAACAACAACAGCAACUGCAUCAGAACCAUAGUAAAGCCAGGUAAAUUACAAGCGCAUAGGCACACCGGCGUCAAAUAACUGAAAACAAAAAGUAAACAUUCAGGCUCAUGCUCAUGUAUGUAUGUAUUAAAUAAUAAAGAUAGAGUAUACAUUUGCAAUAGUACGGUUGAAUCAUCUUGAAACGUCCUGUUAUUUUCGCAUUUAACUACUACAAUUUUUUUUGUUCACACAUCUAUGUAUUAUGUUUCAUUCGUUCGAUGUUAAUUAACUUUCACGAAUAAAAAUGAAAUUAAUUACAAUGUGCAAAA